GGCCGAAUACCGAAUAGUAACCGAAUAUUCGUUACAUCACUAAUUUUUAUUGUUUGGGCUACAAACAGUUCAAAUCCGCUACUUUUGAAGCACAACCACGCUACUUUUUAACCAUCAGAUCUGGCAACGUUGGUCGGCGGGACGCUAAAGCCUCGAAGCAGGCGUCCAACUUCCCACAUUAAUAAGAAGAACAAGGCGAUUUAAGUAGAGGAAGCGGAGAGGUGGUGUGUCGGAGAGAGAGAGAGAGAGCCAUUAUUGUGCUAAAUUCUCCAUAUAAACACUUUUAAGAAGAAGAUAACGGGAAAAAAUGGCAAACAGAACGGUGAAAGAUGCUUACUCCAUAAGAGGAACGAAUCCUCAGUAUCUUAUAGAGAAGAUCAUUAGAACUAGGAUCUAUGAUUCCAGGUAUUGGAAGGAAGAAUGCUUUGCUCUUACAGCCGAACUGCUGGUGGAUAAAGCGGUGGAAUUAAAAUUCUGUAGUGGUGGUUUUGGAAGCAAUGUUAAGCCAACUCCUUUUUUAUGUUUAAUUCUAAAAAUGUUACAAAUUCAACCUGAAAAGGAUAUUAUCAUAGAAUUUAUCCGUCAAGAAGAUUUCGAAUAUGCUCGAGCGUUAGGUGCAAUCUGUAUGAGAUUAGUUGGAACUGCUGUUGAUUGCUACAAAUAUUUGGAACCAUUGUAUAAUGAUCACAGAAAACUUUUGAGAAAAAACAGAUCUGGAGCAUUGGAAAUAGUUCGUAUGGAUGAAUUUAUUCAUGAACUAUUACAUGAAGAAAGAGUUUGUGAUAUUUUUCUACCAAGAAUACAGAAAAGACAAGUUUUGGAAAAGUGUAAUUAUUUAGAACCAAGAAUUAUUGCUCUGGAUGAUGUUGAAUCAGAUGACGAUAAGGACCUGAGAAGAAGCUUAACACCAGAUAGACGUCUUCCACUUCAUUUAAAAAGAGACGAUGAUAACAAUAAGAGAAAUCUUUCUCCACUUCGUCACAGACGUAGUCGAAGUAGGUCUCCUCACAAACGAGGGCAUUCUUCAAGAAGAUCGAGAUCUAGAGAAAGACACCAGUGUCAGAGUCGUUCCCGAGAAAGGGACAGAGAGAGGGGAAAUGAUCGUGAGAAAACUCGUGAUAAAAACAGAAGAAGA